AUGAAUUUCAAAAAACAACCUAGACACUGCGAAAAUGAAUGGAUAAGCAAGGACAUAUGCAGGAGUAAGAAAUUCUUGGCAGAAAACCCCAAUCUGGUUAUCACCAAAGCGGACAAGGGAAACAAAACCGUCAUCAUUGCAUCUGAGGAGUACGAACAGAAAAUGGAGGACCUUCUGAGUGAUGAAAGCACGUACAAACAACUGAAAUCGGACCCCACAUCGAAAGUUCUGAAGAAAAUCGGUGUAUUGGUGGAUGGGUGGCGCGAUAGCAAGUACAUCGACGCGCGCACACACCGGAAGAUAAAAAUAUCCAGUUGUAAUCCACCAAGAGUCUAUGGUUUGCCAAAAAUACACAAACAGGACAGACCUCUCCGCCCGGUGGUUUCGACGAUUGGAUCAGCAACGUACAAUGUGGCCCAAUUCCUAUCUGGAGUGAUUGGAAAUAUAGUAGGGAAAACUGAGUACCACAUUAAAAAUAGUUUUGAGUUCGCUGAUCAAAUAACAGGAACACAGAUCACCGAAGAUGUAGUUCUUUUCUCUCUGGAUGUGACGUCGUUGUACACGAACGUGCCUGUUGAUUUUGCCCUGGACUGCUUGAACGAGAGAUGGGAAGAGGUGGAGAAACACACAAGCAUCGAUCAACACAGUUUCAUGGAGGCGGUCAAGCUUGUGUUGGAAUCGACGUUUUUCGUACAUCGGGGUGUAAUAUAUGCACAAACUUUCGGCGUCCCUAUGGGCUCUCCACUCUCACCAGUCAUUGCGAAUGUGGUGAUGGAGCGAUUGGAACAGAAGUGCAUAGCAUCAUUAGAGAGAAAACAAAUACCUCUAAUGAUGUACCGUCGGUACGUAGACGAUUGCUUCUGUGUGGGCAAAAGGGAGCACAUUCAAGAAAUCUUAGACUCGUUCAAUAAUUUCCACAGUAAACUCCAGUUCACCAUUGAAGAGGAGGACAACGGGAAAUUGAGAUUUCUUGACAUGAUGCUAACCAGAAACCAUGAUCGCAUCGAAAGAGUUUGGCUACCCAAACAAGCGGAUGGUAGAUAUCUGGAUUUCAAUUCAGAGAGUCCCUAUUCGCAUAAAUGCAACACGGCAAUUGCACUCGUAGAUCGAGCAGUUAAGCUCUCCGACUGUAAAAACCGACCAGCGGCAAUCGAAACAGCCAAAAAGAUAUUGCGAAUAAACCAUUACCCCUACUGGUUUGUUCGCAAAAUUCUGAAAGAUCGGGUCCAUAAACACUAUAAUGGCCUACAGCAGAAUAAAGAUGCGACUGCUGAAAUAGCAUAUGUAGCUGUGCCAUACGUCCCGGGACUCAGUGAAAAACUAGAGAAAAUUCUGAGAAAACACGAUACAAAACUUGCUUUCAAGCCAAAAGAUAAAAUAAAAAACAGAAUUUUCUCCAAACUGAAAGACCCGAUCCCACCAGGGAAACAGAAGAACGUGGUGUAUUCGAUUCCGUGUGGAACAGGCGAUGGCAAAACGUAUGUAGGACAAACGGGGAGAAGGCUGGAAACGAGAGUAGCGGAACACAAGAACGACGCGAAGAAAAAAGAUGCGAGAACUGGUUUAGCCCAACACACAUUGCAAGAAGGACACAUCUUCGAUUUCGACAACACCCGGAUACUGGAACGAAUCGAAAACCAGGAGAGCAGACUAACUGCAGAGAUGUUUCACAUCAAAAUUCUCGGCGAGGAAAAAACGGUGAACCUACAAAGAGAAUGUGGAACGUUCUGCACAACAUACGACGGUCUGGUCACCAAGCUUCGACAGUCACAUCUUGAGUUCGCGGAAAACAGCGGAACUUCCGGUGCCGAUAAAGAAAGGCUGUUGCUGCUGCUGCUGCUGAUACUGUUGCUGAAGUGA